AUAGCCAGAAACUCUGCAAUGAACUUUGGCCAGGGUGGUGAUGAGGGCUUAACGUAGGAUAGUACUAUACAUGCGUUUCGAAAAGAUGGCAGAGGAAGUCGAGAGUUUGGAGAAGCUUUUGGAGGAGCAUUUGCCUGCCGACAAAUUGGCUGAGGCACGGCGAAUCAUCUAUGGCCAAGACGGGAAAAACUCCAGACCCCUGGAUUUACCAGAGGCAGCCAGUGCCCUAGCAAAAGAGCGUAAUUUUGAAUUGGUGGGGUAUUCCAUCGCCGCCAAGCCUGAGCAGUUACGCCCUCCUCGCAUCGUUCGUAUUGGUCUUGUCCAAAACAAGAUUGUUUUGCCUACCACUGCACCUGUCAAAGACCAGGUGGCUGCCCUGCACAGCCGCAUUGAGGAGAUAGCUGAAGCUGCUGGUCUGUGUGGUGUCAAUGUCAUCUGCUUCCAGGAAGCAUGGAAUAUGCCGUUUGCCUUCUGUACCCGAGAGAAAACCCCAUGGUGUGAGUUUGCCGAGUCGGCCGAGGAUGGACAGACCACCAAGUUUUGUCAAGAGCUAGCAAAGCGCCACAACAUGGUGGUACUAUCACCCAUACUGGAGAGAGACGGUAUCCAUGGAGAUGUCCUCUGGAACACUACAGUCGUGAUCUCAAACAGUGGAGCAGUGAUGGGAAAAUCACGCAAAAAUCACAUUCCUAGGAUCGGAGACUUCAAUGAGUCCACUUACUAUAUGGAAGGCAACACAGGACACAGAGUGUUUGACACACAGUUUGGUCGCAUAGGUGUCAACAUCUGCUACGGUCGUCAUCAUCCUCUGAACUGGUUCUUGUACAGUCUGAACGGUGCUGAGAUUGUGUUCAACCCGUCAGCUACUGUUGGAGCACUGAGUGAGCCAAUGUGGCCCUUGGAGGCACGUACCGCGGCCAUCGCCAAUACUUACUUCACUGCCGCUAUCAACAGAGUGGGCACGGAAAUUUUUGAAAAUGAAUUCACCUCUGGAGAUGGAAAGAAAGCUCACAAGGAUUUUGGUUCAUUCUAUGGCUCCAGUUACGUAGCCGCACCGGACGGAAGCCGGACAAAGGGACUGUCUCGUACAAGGGAUGGUCUGCUAGUCGCUGAGGUUGAUCUCAACUUGGUACGCCAAAUCAGAGACCGAUGGAGCUUCCAGAUGACUGGUCGCUAUGACAUGUAUGCCAAGGAACUGGCCGAGGCGGUGUCAGAAGACUUCAAGCCUAACAUUAUUAAAGAGUAGAAGCUCACUGUAGGGCUGUAGUCACGCCCAUCUCGAGUCCAUCACAGGUCAUCUAAGGCCUGUCUGUUUCACACGGAUCUGAAUGUUGAUCAAUGAUCCCAUCACUGGUUCACUCCAUCCAUUAAGCGGAUUCUGGUGUCGGUAAACCAACCUUGUGUGAAACAAACAGGCCUCUAGUCUCAAGCCAAGUCACAAGCUAUUCAAUUUAACUUUAUCCUUCCCCCCUCCCCGGGGUUACCAGUGGGUACCUUCGAGGGCAAAUAUGGUGGUUGUGUGUGAUUAGCCAGUUGCAUCUGAAAUAGCUAUAUCAAGAUGUAUCUGCCCCAAGUGGUACCAAGAGAGGGUGCAUUUUCCCAGCAGUGGAGGUUCCUUUGGUGGGAACGGCUUUUGGCAUUGCUGAUCAACAAAAUGGAACAAGCCCCACCAACACAACUCUUUUCAACUGAUGCAGGGGUGUGUCUGCUCAAUGGAGAUGCGCCCCAUGGAUAUGUGCACUUUAGAAAUACCCAUUGUCUUAAGGAAAACAAUUCCUUUGUCGUUGUUCAUCCAAAUACUUGUGACUGGUCAUGUAUCUGGACUUAUGAAAUGGCUUGUGAAGGGAGUUGUGAUGGACUGGGCCACAGCACCAACUCACACCGGCAGGUGUAGGAAUGAACAUCAAGUUGCCUCGUGCUAAAUGUGAACAGUUUUUUUUUCAGUUAAAGUGUAUACCACUUUUAAUUCAUGUUACUGGUCACAGGUAAUUUUGCCGUUUUGAAGGAAUAAAGGUUAUUAUUUUUUAAUUGACACUGCACAGCUCUUUUCAUGUGUAGAUAAGUGGUCUUUUUCUUUUCUCCUUGACUGAUAUUGAAAAUGUUGUCCCCAAAUGGUAUUUUUGUAAUGCACAAAAAUAAGGUAAAGGUCCAAAUACAUGCCAAUGUUCCCUUUUUGAAGUAACAAUGAUAUCAAAGCAUUUAUGAAGUACACAGUGCCUAAAAGUAUUUGUUAAAUUUAAAGGCACUUAUAAAUAAUUAUUCCUGCUUAUUGGACUCUCAACAUCUGAACAUUCCUGAAACCUCAGCUCCCUGAGCAGUACGCCAGCCCAAUGCCGCCAUAUCAGGUGUACACGGCUAAACAUAAUAGCCAUUUUAGCCCUCACAUGUACCCAUUUACCCCUGGGUGGUGAGAGGUAGGUAGGGGUAGAGUGUCUUGCCCAAGGCCUCGGCAUGUAACCACCUGCCAGGAUUUGAACCCCUCGACCCCUGUAAUCAGGACCUACAGAGCCCAAUUGCUGGGCCAUAUUCUCACUGAAUGAAUCAAGUAGUGAAUGAAUAUGAUGCUUCAGAUGCCAUAGUGUGCUUCCAAACUUAAAUGUUUUGGGUUAGUUUACCUAUGCACCUGCUAUAAUCAAUUCUGAAAUAAUGUUCUUACCUGAUCUAGUCUUACUUUACCCUUGUAGAGUUAUAGACUUGUUCGAGCAUGACAGUAUUAAGAUCUAUUAUAUUUGUCAGAUAUAUUUACUUAUCAAAGCGCUGCUUAAGAUUGAAUAGAUUGAUCGAUUUUCCAUCAAUAAACCUUUUGGGUUUUAAAAUUCUUGAA